UAUCUGUUUCCAGUGUCAGGUUUUUCAGGUAAUAUCAUUUUCAUUUUUCUCCGGAUUCUUAAACUUUUCAUCGAUUUUUGUCAAAGCCUUUUAAUUGUUACGGCAAUGAUGAUUAUUAUUCGACGAUGAUUUUUCAAUCGCACGCCAGCAAGUCAAUGAAGCAAUUAUUAUUAUGUUUAUAAAUCAAUAUCGGUAAAAUAUUUACUAGAUCCGAAACACCUGUGUCUGGAUAUAGGUUGGAAAUACAGCUGAUUUCAUUUAAUACGGUGAAAGUAAAGCUGAAAUAUGUCCAGCCUUUUGACAGCUUUCCGUAUUUCUCAAAUGAGGAAAGCUGAGAUUAAAAGAAAGGAGAAAGCGGCUGAAAAAAAGAGGAUGAAAGUGCUACGACGUGAAAGGAAAGAACAACAACAAGCAAGAUUAUACGAAGAAUCACAAAUAGACAAUAACAAUCCCAUAUCUAAUCCAGUGGAUAUACCGGAAGCACAAUACCUGCCACCUGACCAAGAUGGAGAACCAGCUACAAAAAUCUGGACUUUUCUCCUUGAUGAAGAACCAUAUAGCAUCGUAUUCUAUAAAGAUACGCUUGAUGUCUACCUUAACGGAGAGGAAAUGGACUGCUUGAACAAUUUUCCAGACGACGAUGCCAGCGAUGCUACCGUUGAUUUUUGCGUUGGAGCCCACAAAGCUAGGAUUUCUCUACAGAGUGCCGGAUGUAGUAACGCUACAGUAAACCAGAUGCUCACAAUUGACGGUAUACCUGUUCCGGAGUAGAAAUGAAUCAUCAUCCGGAAUGAAAUGGCCAGCUGUGAUAUACACAGAUAUUUUUUUUUACAUAUGACACGAAUUUUCUCUAAAUUCAGACAUUGUAUUUGAUAGAAAUUAUUAUAAAGGAAGACAUUCUGACCUUCUUUUAGGCUGAUAACAAUGUCUUCAGAUUUGAAGACCAAAUGGUUAUGUGAAUUCAAUUUAUACAGUGAUAAUUGAGUAUUAGCAUGCAAUUUUUACUGCAUUAUUCGUAUCCCUAUUUCAAAAUUAAGGAAAAGGACGAUAUUUAAAAACUAAAAUAGUUUAUUAAAUAAUUUUGAGAUUCUUUUUAAGACCAUUUUUGGUCAGGAAAACAGAAGAAAUUUUAUUAUUUGACUUGUGCUUUUGAAGUACAGAAAUUUGUAUUCAAUAUCUGAGGCAAGUAAUACUCAGGAAGAUUCUUUUUUUUUCUGGAUAGACGAGGCAGACAAGUUAUGAUACUUACGUAUGAAUGACUUUGUAUUUUUUCAUAUUUAUGUACAUUUUAUCUAUCAAUGCACUUGUUAUGAUUACAAAGAUCCCGUCCAAUAUCGAGUGAUAUUCCGACGCAAAUGGUAUUGUCCCGAAAUUUUUCUGUAAUACAACCAUUUUGCCUAUUUUCUUUGCAAAUGCUCAAUUUUAUCAGGCAAUGACAUUCCGCUAACAAGUUAAUAAAAUUGCCUCACUUAAACCGUUCCAUACAAGAAAUGUUCAUAACAUUUAAAAAACUAAAUAUAAUUCGACACUUGAAAGAAUGAAAGUUGAUUUACAACUAAGUUGCAUUUAAUAUAAACUUGUUUGAAUACACUUCAACCAUGUUACAUUGAAAAUAACGAAAUUGAUCAAUUUGUAUUCAUACGUCGUCGUUUAAAGCUUUGUUUUUUAAUAGUUUAUAAAUUCUUCUGAAAUUUGAAUGCUAUGACAAUUUGGUAUGAUAGAAGGCCGGUACCAAUAUUUUAGAGUUUUCCUGAUUUUUAUGGAAUACGAAAAUCAUGAUUCAAACAUUCAACUCUUGCUCUCUUUGCAUUUUAUGUUGUUGGGUUGCUGUCUCGUUGACUUGUACCCCACACCCCGUGAUACAAAGAAUCAGCUAUCAGACGCGUUAUAAAUUAACUGCAAAUUCUAAAUAAGUAAACUUGUCCAAAUCUUUGAUUAAACAUUUAAUACACCGUUAAAAUAAUUCAAAUUUCCUUCGAUUUUUCAUCAGGAACCUUGAAAUAAAGAAAUACAAGACAAUAUGUUAUAUUCGUAGUUUUGCUUUAAAUAUCACCGGAACAAUGCCAUGGCUUUGGAAUAUUUUUCGGUAUAAGUUAUCCUCAAUCAUAACAUAGUAUAUACAAUAGGGUUUUGUAUUUAUAUAACUUAAAGAUAUCUUUUUAGAAAUUGUCUGUUAUAUUGUUAUGUUUAUAUAUCAUGUUAUAGCAAAAACCAUAUAUGUGAUUUAAUUUGUCGUAUUUAAUGUUGUCGAAAUGUGUGUUAUUGUAGAAAUUCAAAGUAUUCUUAAACCGUGUUAAUUUUUUAUUGUUUCAACUGCUGUUUUUUGUAAUAAUGCUAUUGUCUGUUGUUGCUGAUUUAUGUUUUAAAAUAAGAAAUAUGUUUAAUUUCUAGUUUUAUUGUUAGAUAAUGCUUAUAUUUUUUAAAUGAUUCUAUUUUUGUAAAGAAAAUGUUUAGAUAAAAUUUUAAACUUACAUUUUGUUUAUGUUUAAUGUUAAUUAAGUUUUUAUUUAUGUUAUAAUGAUAUCUUAAUAAUGCUAAUUGUCCUCAUCCGUUAGAUUAUUUUGCAGUGAAAAUUAGUAUGUGUCCACCAGAAUGCCCAUUUUGUAAUUUUUCACCAAAUUUAAAAACUAUAUUAAAUAUUUAACGAAAAUCUGUUAUUUAAUGAUGAUAUGAAACCACCGUGCUUUUAGACACCAAAUUAAUAUGACAUCGUUUUUUUUUGAAAACUACAAAUUUUGUGAUUGGUGAAUCUAAAUAGGAUAUGAUUCACAAUCGUCAAUCUUCGAUCAGAUCUUUUUAAAGAUUAACCAAAGCUUUGUAUGUGCAUGUUGAAGGAUUUUUAGUUGAUCGUUGGACUUUUUUUGUGUUUGUAGAAUUUUAAAAGUUUAUAAGUUAUUCAAAUAAAACUAACACCAACUGAAGAUGUUAGCACUAAUAUGCAAAAGUUUUUCAACGUUCAUACACAGUAUUUCGAAAUCAUCUUGGACAACCUUUCCCUUACUUUAAAAGAGAACAAUUGAAUGGAGCUGUAUGUCAGUUUAUAAAUUUAAAUGAAAAAAAGAUCAAAUAGAAAUAGAAGAACCACGUAUACAUUUGAAAAAAUAAAACCCCUUUUCAUGGCCUCAAUCUAACAUAGAUAUCCGCCCCUUUCCACCUGAAUUGUGUUUAAGGUUAAUGCAGCCAUAUGCAAACAAAAAUAAUCCAUUUCACAGUAAAAUGGAAUAAAAAAAAAUUGAUCAAAAUAUUGCAAUAAUCAAUUCAUACAUUUUAAAAGUUUCAUUAGUUUGUAAAGACUUAUUAUAAUUUUAAUUGCACAGAUAAAAAUGUACCAUUGUCAACAUUUUGGAAACGGAACCACAUAAACUAGAUCUGCGGUCAAUGAUUAUGGAUCUCCCUUGUUUAUACGUUUCUUGUUAAAACUUAUCGUCACUUAUGGAUUUUGUGAACUGUGUUAAAUUUCAUAUUUAUAUUUGCUGAACGUUUACGAAAGGCGUUAUUAUGUAGCGCAUGAUACUGCAUAUAUAUGUUAUGUUAGUAAAUAUAUGUAACAAAAAGUAUUGACAAUUUAGUUAUUAAAAUGCUCUUUGUUAAA